AUGAACCUGAAGAAGUAUUUCAUCCGGGCGCUGCACCGCCUGCAGAAGGGCCCUGGCUACACCUACAAGGAGCUGCUGGUCUGGUACUGCGACAACACCAACACCCACGGCCCCAAGCGCAUCAUCAAGGAGGGCCCGAAGAAGAAACUCGUCUGGUUCUUCCUCACGCUGCUCUUCGCGUCCCUGGUCUUCUGGCAGUGGGGGAUCCUCAUCAACACCUACCUCUCCUACAACGUCACCUCGUCCCUCUCCAUCGGCUUCAAGACCAUGAAGUUCCCAGCGGUCACCGUCUGCAAUGCCAACCCCUUCAAGUACUCGGAGGUGAAGCAUCUGCUGAAGGAGCUGGACAGGCUCAUCGAAGCGGCGCUGGAGAGGAUCCUGCAGCCCAAACCGGGCAACGGCAGCGAGAGCAUCUCCCCCCCGCUCGACCUGCGGCUGUGGCACCAGAUCCCGCUGGUCCUCAUCGACGAGCACGACAAGGACAACCCCGUCAUCCUGGACAUCUUUGAGAGCAUCCAGAGUGAGGGGGGCAACCAGAGCUCCAUGGGCAACCAGACCUCCAUGGGCAACGAAACGACUCCAACACAACAAUACAAGCUGGCGGUGAAGCUGUGCAGCCACCCCGGCUCCGACAACUGCACCUACCGCAACUUCAGCAGCGCGGCGCAGGCGGUGAGCGAGUGGUACGUCCUGCAGUCCACCAGCAUCCUGGCCACCGUGCCGCUGCCCGACCGCGUCCGCAUGGGCUACCAGGCCGAGGACAUGAUCCUGGCCUGCCUCUACGGCGCUGAGCCCUGCAACUACAAGAACUUCACCCAAAUCUACCACCCGGACCACGGCAACUGCUACAUCUUUAACUGGGGCAUGGACGAGGAGGCGCUGAACUCCUCCAACCCCGGAGCUGAGUUUGGGCUGAAGCUGAUCCUGGACAUCAGCCAGCAGGACUACAUCCCCUACCUGUCCUCGGCCGCCGGCGCCCGCCUGAUGCUGCACCAGCAGAGGAGCUUCCCCUUCCUGAAGGACCAGGGCAUCUACGCCAUGGCGGGCACCGAGACCUCCAUCGGCGUGCUGGUGGAUGAGCUGGAGCGGAUGGGCUACCCCUACAGCGACUGCACCAUGAACGGCUCUGACGUCCCCGUGAAGAACCUCUACAGCCAGUACAACACGUCCUACUCCAUACAGGCUUGUCUGCGCUCCUGCUUCCAGAACCACAUGGUGGAGAUCUGCGGAUGCGGCCACUACAUGUUCCCUUUGCCCGAAGGGGUAAAUUACUGCAACAACGACGAUAACCCAGGCUGGGCGUAUUGCUAUUCCUCCCUGAGGUCGAGCAUAAAACACAGGCAGAUCUGCAUCGACUCCUGCAAGGAAACGUGCAACGACACGCAGUACAAGAUGACCAUCUCCAUGGCAGACUGGCCCUCCGAAGCCUCCGAGGACUGGAUUUUCCAUAUUCUGUCGUACGAAAGGGAUAUGUCAACAAACGUGACUCUGGACAGGAACGGGAUCAUCAAACUCAACAUCUACUUCCAGGAGUACAACUACCGCACCAUCUCGGAGUCUGCUGCCACCACGAUCGUGUGGCUGCUGUCGAGCCUGGGAGGCCAGUUUGGGUUCUGGAUGGGGGGCUCGGUGCUGUGCCUCAUUGAAUUCGGGGAGAUCAUCAUCGACUCGCUGUGGAUCACCGUCAUCCACGCCAUCGGCUGGUGCAAAGGCCUGAAGCAGAGGCGGGCGCAGGCGCGGUACCCAGACGCGCCCCCCACGGUGUCGGAGCUGGUGGAGGCUCACACCAACCUGGGCUUCCAGCAUGAGGACGCGGGCGUCCUGCGCAGGGAC